UUUCUGGUUUCCCGCCAUGGAAGCAAUGGAAAUGGAGUCAGAGAGGAGUCUCCAGAGAAAACAAGCUACCUAUACCUCCCUAGACGAGCAGUUUGAAAUUCACAAGGAGACGUACAGGGGCCAGCAGUACAGCCAGAUUUACUUUGCUCGUCUCCACUUGAUGCGAACCCUUCUUCAUUCCCUCGUUCCCAAUAUGAAACCCCAUUUACCCGUUUGCACAGUUUUGCAAUUGGAACAGGGCAAGGAAUGUGUCAUUGUUGGAACUUUGUACAAGCACAUGAAACUCAAACCUUGUGUUCUUGAUGAGUACUCCAAGGAGAGAUCUGUGACUCCGCUUGUCAAGCCUCAUAAUUUUAUGCACCCAGAUGAUAAACUGAUAUUAGAAGAUGACAGUGGAAGAGUUAAGCUUGCUGGGAGUGUGCUCUUACCAUCAAUAUAUGUAACAGGCAUUGUUGUUGCUUUGCAUGGAAAGGAAACUGGAGCUGGUGACUUCUUGGUGCUAGAUGUCCUAGAAGCUGGCCUAGCACCUCAGAUAGAGCUUCCCCUUAAACCAAGAGAAGACAAGUAUGUCGUCUUUGUGUCGGGGUUAAGUGUUGGGAGCAGCACUUCUAAUCCGCUCCAGUUUCAGCUUCUUGUUGAUCAUAUAACAGGACAUUUAGGAGAUGAGAAGGAACAAAGCAUUGCAGCAGAAAUAGUUCACAUCAUAGUUGCAGGGAAUUCUAUUGAAAUUCCUAGUGGCCUUCUUAAUGGACAGAAUUUGGCUUCUAAGGAUCAAUCAAGGCUGUCUGAGCCAGUUAAAGAGCUAGAUAUCUUGCUGACACAGAUUGCUGCAAGUGUGCCUUUAGAUAUCAUGCCAGGACCAAAUGAUCCGGCUAACUUCUCCUUACCUCAGCAGCCAUUGCAUAAAUGCCUCUUCCCUGGGUCUUCAGUGUAUAACACUUUUAGGUCUUGUACUAACCCUCAUUGCUUUGAGCUUGAGAAUAUCAGAUUUCUUGGAACAUCAGGACAGAAUGUUGAUGAUCUUGAGAAGUAUUCAGAGGCAAAGGAUAAAAUUGGAUUCAUGGAGAGGACAUUAAGGUGGAGGCAUUUGGCGCCGACGGCACCUAAUACUCUUGGGUGUUAUCCUUUCACAGACAGGGAUCCUUUCUUCAUUGAGAGCUGUCCUCAUGUUUACUUUGUCGGAAAUCAGGAUAAAUACAAAACUGACAUAAUAAAGGGAUCAGAAGGGCAGUCGGUAAGACUCAUAUGCAUCCCUAAAUUCUGCGAGACUGGAGUUGCUGUUGUGCUAAACUUGAGAAAUCUUGAAUGCCAUAUUCUUAGUUUUGGGACUGAGUUGUGCUCCUAAGAACAUGGUUCUUUCAACGUUAACUUCUUACUGCAACCACCUUUGUGGAACCCUCACAGUGAAAGCCAAGGAGAUAGAUACCUGAAGUUCAAAGCCCCAAGCAAUUUUCUUCCCCUUACCCAUUUAUAUUUUUCGUUAUCUUCUGUAAAAUAUUGUAGAAUUUCCUUUAUAUUUCUGGCUUGUUCGUGUAUCGUAGUAUACCAUUGUCCGCCAAUGAUACUAUAAAUUUUUUUUUCUUCAUGAAAUCUGCA